AGACAUACGAAAGCUGCAACGUAACAAUGCGACAGUCAGCAUCAUACGCUAUUACGCAAUAUAACGCUGAAUGGAAGCAGAGGAUAGGUAGCGAGCGAAAAGAGGGGAUGCAUUCUGAUGGAUAUGGGCGUGCAUACUGCGAUACAAACAGACAUUACACAGACACAGAAUACAGACACACGCACACUCAUACAUCGACGGCAACAGCACAGACGCUAGUGAAGAACACCGACGACGACAGCAUAGACACUCGUGAAGAAAUGGCGAAGAAAGAGCGAAGAUCAGCUGGGGGUUGACAACAUUUGAUGACACUCCUUCAUUCAGCACAUAUCCACGUGCAUCCCCUUCCUUUCAUCCUCUACUCACAGAACACACUCUCUGCUCCCA